AUGUCGGCUGAAACAUUAGUCAUGAACAAGAUGUCUGUUGAACCAUUUGUCGUGAACCAGAUGUCGGUUGAACCAUUUGUCAUGAACCAGAUAUCAGUUGAACCAUUUGUCGUGAACCAGAUGUCGGUUGAACCAUUUGUCGUGAACCAGAUGUCGACUAAACCAUUUGUCAUGAACCAGAUGUCGGUUGAACCAUUUGUCGUGAACCAGAUGUCGGUUGAACCAUUUGUCGUGAACCAGAUGUCGGUUGAACCAUUUGUCGUGAACAAGAUGUCAGUUGAACCAUUUGUCAUGAACCAAAUGUCGGUUGAACCAUUUGUCGUGAACCAGAUGUCGGUUGAACCAUUUGUCGUGAACCAGAUGUCAGUUGAACCAUUUGUUAUGAACCAGAUGUCGGUUAAACCAUUUGUCGUGAACCAGAUGUCGGUUGAACCAUUUGUCAUGAACCAGAUGUCGGCUGAACCAUUUGUCAUGAACCAGAUGUCGGUUAAACCAUUUGUCAUGAACCAGAUGUCGGUUGAACCAUUUGUCGUGAACCAGAUGUCGGUUAAACCAUUUGUCGUGAACCAGAUGUCGGUUGAACGAUUUGUCGUGAGCAGAUGUCGACUGAACCAUUUGUCAUGA